CAUGGCUGUCUUCCUCCUCAAGUCCAAGGCAAUACCCACCUCCGUCAUAGCCUUCGCCGGCGAUGUCCCGCUCCUCGCCGGCGGCGUAGUUCAGGACAACGGCAUCUCGCCGCGUACGCCGAUGAGUAUAUUCCGUACAAGCCCAGGCGAGAAGAUGCUGGAGAUGGUGGCCUCGUUCCCGUCGCCGGAGGGAUUCUGCAGCAUCGACUGAGCGAAGCCAUCUGCGUCCAACGACUUCUCGUGCCAGGCUGGUCUCAUUGCGGGCGGCCUCGAGAACGGCAUGGUCGCCAUGUGGAACCCGGACCUGAAGCUCCGGAAACUACCUUCUUAUCUACCUGACGAGGAGAUCCUCAAGCCCCACCCAGAUGGCGUUCAAACUUGGAUUCGCAAGGACUUCGAGGUCAUCGAGGACUACCUCGACCAAGUUCAAGUUGAUGGAAACUCCAGGGCUCUACAUCUCCAAGUGUCCCCCACUUAUCAGGAAAUGUCUGGAAAUUUGAUGGUGGAAUACCAAGACGACAUUAUGUGUCGCACCAGCAGCUCUGGCGUUGUUGCUUUGUUUGCCAAACAUACUGGAAAGGUUAGAGGCCUGUCGUUCAACCCCAAUGCACCGAAUCUGCUGGCUUCGGGUGCUGCUGAUGGGCGGAUUAUGCUGUAUGACCUUGCCCAUCCUUUGGCUGAGACAAUCCCUGUUCAGUUAUGUGAUUCUCCUGAUGAAGAAAUAUCUUGCCUCUGCUGGAACUCCUAUAAAGUUCAUGUCAUAGCAUCUACAACCACUUGUGGAAGAAUAUGUUUCCAUGAUACCAGAGCAAAAACCAUCAUUGGAUGGUAA